GGAGUUGAGUUUUGAGCGGCUUUUCGGUGGUUUCCCUACAUCUGUAUCCCAAUAUUUUUAUCGCAUUAUCGCCUGCCCGAGUUCGCCAAAAUGUUUGCACCAGUUUGCACCGUGCCUACAGCACAGUGGCCUACAUUUGUCUACAAUAAAGGCUCAACGCUCAACCGCAAGCCCCGCAAGCACCAACCAACCUUACAUCCACUCAAGUUGCAUUUGUUGUUGGUUGUUGCAUCCACAGUGACACACGCACACAUAGCAGGUGCGAGCAGGUGGUUGAGAAAAAGUUGCAAAACUAAUCUUAUGAACUAGACAAUGCCUAAUCUAUGCCGUCUAAUCUAUGCCGUCCACUGAUGUCCCGACGGCAUCGAAGCCUCAACGCGAAUAAAACCAGCCAAGAAAGGCGAAGAUAAGCAGCGAUAAAACGCUUGUCCGCCGACGACCUGGCUAGGGGGGAGAGAGCCAGCGAAACCGCUCGACCAAGACACCAAGGCCAACAGGGCAGUCGCUGUGGCGAAAGCGCUCGAGCCACAGGUGUCCAACGUCGAGACCGCAACGAGGUUCGUUGACGUCGGCGAGGAAAGAGAGAAAAAGAAAACGUGCGUGCGGUCUCUUCGAUUGAGUGACAGAAUGAACCCAUUCGUGCACGGUAGGCUGAGCGCGGCGGGCAAGCGAGCUUGGCGGUGGCACGGACGGCUGCGAAGAUCUCACUGCACGACGGGUCUUUCCAGCGAACUGAUUAAUGCUGCCAGGGAAGAUUCCAGGCUCCAGGGGCUUAUCGAUGCCUACCGAAAAAAUGGCCACAGAAUUGCCCAGAUCAAUCCCCUCGUCAAGACCUCGACAGCACAGUACAUCAAGGACUUGGACCUCCAGACGUACAGUCUCAAGCCUACGGAAAGGGUGUCUGGCCACACAGUGGAGGAGGUCGUGGGACACCUGAGGGACGCAUACUGCGGGCCAAUGGGAGUCGAGUUCAUGCACUUGGAAGAAGACAGGAGGACGUGGUUUGCAGAGCGCUACGAGACCCUCGUCGGCGAAGGAAGGCCGUCUGUCGAACGUCGCAAGAAAAUGGCCGAGAUUUUGUUAAAAUCUCAGGCGUUUGACAACUUCUUGGCAGCAAAGUUUUCAACGGUGAAACGCUACGGGGGUGAGGGGGCCGAGAGCAUGAUGACUUUCUUCUACGAGCUGUUCUGCCAUGCACCAAGUGUGGGAGUCACGGACAUCGUCGUGGGAAUGCCUCAUAGAGGUCGCCUCAAUCUGCUGACGGGGCUCUUGGACUUUCCCGCCGUCCAGGUGUUCCAGAAAAUGAAGGGUAUGCCCGAAGUGCCCUCCGACGUCAAGGGAUCCGGAGACGUCCUUUCUCAUUUGAGCACCUCUGUCGACCUGUCGGGCUAUCCAGGGCCUCUGCACGCAACCCUGCUACCAAACCCUUCCCAUCUGGAGGCCGUGAGCCCGGUGGCGGUCGGAAAGGCGAGGGCCCGCCUGCAGAGCCUGGAUUCCUCGGGCUACCUGUCCCGGUCCGGGAGCGGGGGACAGGUCGUGCCCGGGAGCUGCCCUGUGCUGCCGGUCCAGGUGCACGGCGAUGCCUCUUUCGCCGCCCAAGGGGUCAUCAUGGAGACCCUGGCACUCUCAAAGUUGCCGGGCUUCAGCGUCGGUGGGUCGGUGCACCUGGUGGUCAACAACCAGAUCGGGUUCACCACCCCGGCCAGGAUCGGAAGGUCCUCCCCUUACGUCAGCGAUGUUAUGAAAAUGAUCAGUGCACCUGUGAUUCACGUCAAUGGCGAUGACCCAGAGGCUGUGGCACUGUCCACACGCCUGGCGCUGGAGUACCGCCAGGCAUUUGGCGAAGACGUGUUGCUGGACAUGCUGUGCUUCCGGCGCUGGGGCCACAACGAGAUGGACGACCCGACCUUCACCAAUCCGCUCAUGUACGACGUAAUCCACUCCAGGAGCAGCGUUCCGGACGAGUACGCCAAGAAGCUUCAGGAAGAAGGCAGCCUGCAAGAGGGCGAGAAGGAACGCAUGGUGGCAGAACACACGGGGCACCUUAACGAAGAACACAAGAAGCUGGGUACCAGCGUGCCACCGUUUGCACGGUUCGGAGGCCGCUGGAGUGGACUGAGCCAAGCACCGUCGGCCGUCACCACGUGGGACACUGGAGUCCCGACCGAAUUGCUCAAGUACCUGGGUGCACGCUCGGUGCAAGUGCCUCCAGAUGUCACGGUGCAUCCGCACCUGAACAAAGUGCUGGUGCAAGAGCGACUGAAGAAGAUUGGGGAGGGGACGAACCUGGAAUGGGCCACGGCCGAAGCACUUUCUCUUGGUUCCUUGCUCUACCAGGGGUUCAACGUCCGCAUCUGCGGCCAGGACGUGGGGCGGGGCACCUUCAGUCAGAGGCACUCCAUUCUGGUGGACCGCACCACCGAGAUCCCCUACGUGCCUUUGAACAACCUGUGUCCCCCUCCCGACCACCCUCCCCAAGGAAACUACGAGGUUGUGAACAGCCUGCUGUCAGAAGAAGCGGUGCUGUCCUUUGAGUACGGCUUCAGCCUCGAGAGCCCUCGGAACCUGGUGAUCUGGGAGGCCCAGUUCGGCGACUUCCACAACAGCGCGCAGGUCGUCGUGGACACCUUCGUCACCUCGGGAGAAGCCAAGUGGUUUCUGCAGAGCGGUAUGGUUGUGCUGCUUCCACAUGGCUUUGACGGGGCCGGGCCAGAACACUCUUCGUGCCGCAUCGAGAGGUUCCUUCAGAUGACAGACAGCAAGGAGGAUGCUGUAGACGGGGAUGACAUCAACUUCUCCUUUGUGCACCCCACAACACCGGCCCAGUACUUCCACUUGCUGAGGAGGCAGAUGUUGCGGAACUUCCGCAAGCCCCUGGUGGUGGCCUCCCCCAAGAUCCUACUGCGCCACCCUGCCGCGACUUCGUCCCUCGCGGAGUUGGCCCCCGGCACCUUCUUUCACCCGGUUCUCGGCGAGGCGGUUCCUCGAACCUCUGCCAGCAAGGUUCUGCUGUGCAGCGGCAAACACUACUAUGCCCUGGCCAAGCAGAGGGAAGAACUGGGCAAGGACCAGGACGUAGCCAUCGUCAGGCUCGAGGCGCUCUGCCCUUUCCCGGCCAAGGAGUUGGCCGAAGAACUCUCCAAAUACACCCGUGCCAAAGAGUUUGUCUGGUGUCAAGAGGAACAUCGCAACAUGGGGCCAUGGUUCUUUGUGCAACCUCGUUUCCAGAACUUGCUUGGAAAGCAGCUCAAGUAUGCAGGACGUGGAAACCUUGGCGUCCCAGCGGUCGGCAUAGGUCAAGUCCACCAGAGGGAAUGCCAAGAAAUCCUGCAGAAAGCAUUUGGCAGUUGACGAGCCCAGGAGCCUAGCAUAGGUGUCCCAACUAAGAAGCUGCGUAACCCUUAGUAUAUAUACGAAAUAAAUGGAUUAUGAUGUUGCAA